GUACGCACAACACGUGUUCUCUUAUACAAUUUUCGAUCCAAAAAUACAAAUUAUCGCUGUUGCAACCAAAUUUUCUUUUCGGAAUUCAUCGAUACAGCGUGGAAAACAAUAUGAAUACUAUUCAAAGUGUUGACAAUCAAUCGGAUGUGUCGCAACAAAACCAAUUGCGCCUGUUGAAGUUCACGCUGGAUUACAUCAUGAAUGCACGAAAAUUUCAAUGCUUGAAAAAACCAUUGAAAACAGACGAUCCAACGGUGACAACAGUUGGUUUGGCGAAAAUUGCUGAAAAUUUUGAGACAUACACCAGUAUUGAAGAAUUUUUGGGUGACAUCAAUUGCUUGGUUCGCUGUUACUCCCUUCUGUUUGCAAAAUCGAAUCAAAAGAAAGCGGCCGAAUCAUUGUCCGAACGAUGUCAUCGUGAUGUAAAAAGCAUUCAGUUGUGUGCCGAUUGCUUUGAAUACUGGAACACAAGUCGUGAUGAUUAUUUCACACGUGUAUGCGCCAAACCACAUUUAGUCGUGUUUGCUCGAUUGAAUCCGUACCCAUAUUGGCCCGGCAAGCUAAUGUCAAUCGACGGUGAAAUUGCCAACAUUGAAUUCUUUGGCGAUCAUACCCAAGCUGACGUUCCAGUCGCGUCUUGUUUCUUGUUUUCAAGCGAGUUUGCGGAUGACAGCAAGCAUUCAACAAACAUUCACCUCAGAAAUGCAUACGAGGAGCUUUUGCAACACAUUGCAAAUAUCAAAGCAAAGUUCGGUACAUUCCAUCCAUCUCCAUUCAGAGCGGCCAUAAACCCUGAAAAAAUACAACAACAGUUGGUAAAAAUGAUUCCAGGUGCUUUCAAAGUGGCCUGUGAUGAACAAUCAUCAGCUUCCGUUGAAAAAGGUGAAUCAUCGUCGGUAGCAGCAGUUGUUGUUAAUCCAACGAAUGAUACUGCACCCAUAAUUAAGGCGGCACCAAUAGUUGCUGCUAAACAAGGUAACAACGACCGAAAACGUCAACAAAAUGGUACUGUUGCUUCGCCCACUAGUGAGCCGAAGCUUAAAAAAGAAAAAGUUCAUAUUUUGAGCAUGGUCACAGUUGUUCCAGGAAAACCAUCUGUUAGUGUUGCAUCUGUCAGUGUUCAAGAGCCAGACGGUGUCACAAAAGUUGGCCACAAAAAUGUUGCUUUGCAAUCGGCAACGGUCACCAACACAGAGCCGGAUCACUCACAAAAUCCGAAAACAACCAUGACUACCGAACAAGAUACACCAGGCAAGAGCCAAAAGACAACUCAAACAAGCACUGAAAUAGUAGCAACCAACACCAUCGAGGAAGUCAUGUCGAAAUGCAAAAAUGAGCUGGUGGAAUUGCAGAAGAAAAAGGCAUCGCUUACGGAAUUUAUCGCAAAACACGAAGAAAAUAUUCGGACACUACAAAAUCAAAUGGCGGUCAUCAUCGAAAAGACACCGAUGUAAAUCGCAUACAAAGCGAUUUUUGACAACAAAAAAUACCAUCAUAUAUGACUCCAACAAGAUUUGGCUUUGAUAAAAAACAAACAAUUUUGAUUUUUUAAUAGGCAUGUUUGAAAAUAUGCGACAAUUUCUGAUUUAUUUUUGCAAAAAAAUUCGAUUUAUUUUUUUAUUUUCUUUAUUUAACAUUUAAUUGUUUUAUGGAAUUCCAUUGAAUUCAAACUAUCUACUUUUUGGUGGAAACUACAUUUACAAUAGAUUUUAAGUAUUUAGAGUGUCAAUGGAGAAAAAUGAAUGCACUCCAAUUUGAAAUAAUCUAUGAACAUACAAUAAAAUUUAUUGAAUAAAUACAUCCCAACGGACAAAUAUGUAACGUUUUUAGGACAUUUUAACGUUAAAAAAUGUAACGCUUUGGCCCGGUUUAGUGGUCAUUUCCGUGUCAAAUGGAACGUAGAUUUUGUGUGUAGUUUCCAGUAUAUUUACAACUUCCAAUGGAAUGAUUCAUUCCACUUGUUUACUACCAUACAAAAACAUACUCUGACCGUAUAAUAUGAUCG